AUGCCACUGUCGGUCGAGGAACUGGCGGUCUUUCUCGCUGAGCCCGCCCUUGCAGUACCGGAAGGUGUCGAGUCCAAUUUCGAUAAUCCCCCCCCCCCUCUCAACCGAAACGUCCUUGCCUGGGCUGUUACCACACUAUGCACAGUCCUCACCAGCCUUAUUCUCUUUCUGACACAGUGGCUCCAGGGAGCAUAUUGGGGAACAGCGUACGCCGGAUACAGCAUGAUAUACACACCUGGUUACUAUGUUCACCAAUGGAACUUGCACAAUCGAGACCUUGUCCGCCCGCUCUACCUCAUCCUCAUCUACGGUUGCAGCUACUCGGUCGUCCUUCCACUACUCAAGACGGCCAUAUCGCUGGACUGGUGUCGGAUUAUCGUCGUUGAUAACCGUCGCAGAAGUUUAUUCUGGUGGGGAUGCAUGUUCAUUGCUUCCAUCCAGAUCAUUUGGGGCAUUGCGUGCGUCAUCCUCUUGAACCUGCAAUGCGUGCCUCACAGGGCGAUCUGGGAGUUCUAUCUUCCCAGUAAAUGCUACGAUCUCAACAAGGUCAUGCUCGCAUCGGCCUGCGUCCAAGUCUUCACGGACUGGUGUACGGUGUUCCUGCCGCAGAGAAUCAUAUGGGGCCUUGCUUCCAUCUCUGCAAGUCUCCGUUUGAGCACCACAGUCACUUUCGCCCACGAAGAUGACAGGAUGUACUUCAUCGGGCCGCUCCUGUUCUGGGCAUGUGCCGAGAUGACUUGCGGCUUCUUUAUCCUCAGUGUGCCAUGCCUCCCCUCCGUUAUCAAGGAGUCUGGAUUAUUACGCAGAAUCAUGGCAGUCCUGGGCAUUAACUCCAAUGUCCCCGCCAGGCCCUCCAACAACGACAUUGUCACCUUCGGCGGUUCCGGUCCUGCGCCGUUGAACACCAAGCCCCAGAAACGGCAUCACACUUACAGCGAAAUCGAUGAAGAAUACGGGUCGUUGCCCAUGAAUAACAUGGCCGACGCCACCUCCCAGGAAACUCUGCAUCUGCAGCGUGGGGAAAGACAUGCAUUGGGAAAAUCGCAUGUCUAA